AUGGCCUCGAUGACCAGUAUAUCCGAUAAGAUUGCAAGGGUCACUGACCUGAGCAACUACACAGAUAUCACUCCUGAAAAGAUCAAGAAGAUCUUUGAUGAUAUCGGCAGCAGCCCAGAGAAGCUCCGAGCAGCCUUGAACCUAUGGUUUGUCCCGGAUUUUAAGCCAACUUUCACACGGACAAAGGAUAGUGCUCUCUCUACCCUGCAAGACAUUGAGUUUCUCGAGGCUCCAGAUACGGAGCGGCCCCAACGGCCGUUACGCAUGAUCGACCUUGAUACUGGCAACAUAGUCGAUGCGUGGAACAUUUCCCAUCUUGACUCAUAUUGCAUACUGUCUCAUCGUUGGAAAGGAGAUGAGAUCACCCUGGCUCAUUUUAUGCGUGCCAGGGAGAAGCAUAUGGAGCGCAUAAGAACCAGAACUGGGGCUGCCUCCAAUGUCGAGACUCUAGCUGCCCAGAGCGAUGAUAUUUCUCUGGUGCUUGAGCAGUGUAAACUCGAUAUAAUCGACCAACAACAAAUAAUCGAGAUGAUCUUACAACAAGAAUCGGAGGGCUUGAGCGUGGAAGAACUUAUUAAGAGAAAGGUUGAGGCCAACGAAAUGAAAUGGAAAAUGAAUUCGGCCCGGCAAACUCGAGAUUCCAAGAAAUCACUGGUUGAUCUGAGUAAGAUCGAGAAGAAGAUGUUCGACACCAUAAUCCACCGCGCCGGAAAGGUUGUUGACGGCAAUACGCAAGAUUCACAAAAUGCGGGAAUUCCCACCGCAACUGCGGAAAGCAUUGUCAGUGGUGGCCCUGAUAUGCCACAGCCAGAGAACUCGGAUCAUGCUACCACAUCUACGGUUGUUAGCAAGGCAGAGGAAGCAUACGCCCAAGCAGAGAAGGACUUUGAGGAUUUGCUUUUAAAGCAGAAGGCUGUUGGGGAACGUACUCAAAUCUUUCAGAAGAGCAACCGCCUCGGUGAUGAAGUGGAUGAGUUGAUUCGUCGCCUACAGAGGUGGAAGUCAGCUAUCAAGUUGAACAAUUCGAUAAAAGAGGCGCAAAGAAUAUUCCGGACAAGUCAUUUCCAGAGACGCGGGGCUCGCUACAUCUGGUCUGACACAUGCUGUAUCGACAAGAAGAACUAUGGAGAAUUAUCCCAGUCUUUGUCGUUAAUGGGAGAUUGGUAUUCUAAUGCCGAGUUUUGUCUUGUACAUUUGGAUACCAACUGGCGUGAAGCUGACGCGAUUGACGAUUGGCUCAAAUUUGGGAGAGAGGUGAAGAACAGCGGAGACAAAGUGCCAGCUGCAACUCCCAACAUCCCAAGCUUCCGAGAGAUAAAGUCUACAAUUGAGUGGGCAAGCCGAGCAUGGACAUUGCAGGAAUUGGUCAUGAGCAAAAUGACAUAUUUUGUCAACUCAGAAUGGACACCUCUCAGUCGUCCCAUUGAAAAUCUUGGGGAUAUAUAUCCUCUAGUUCCAUUCAUUGAACUUCAUACCCAGGGAAUUGAAUCAAACAUCUACGCGGGCCCACCAGAAGUCAUUAACCACGCAAAGCUUUCUCAAUGGAAAAUUGGGGAUUUCGACGCGCUCAUUCCGUAUUUACGAGAAACAGACAUUGAACUUGUCAACGAGAGCAACAACGGUGGCCACUGGGAAACAAGCUACCAGAUCGAAGCAGAGCAAGUUAGAGAGUCGAUACAGCUUAUCUCUGUACUCAAUGCUCUAGGGUUCCGCUUUCCAGCCAAUAUGACAGUAGAGACUGCCACGUCCGAGAUUUCACGAGCUGUCUAUCUCGCCGCCUCCGAUUUGGAUAGAAGCAAGCGUCACGGAUCUGACGAGAGUGGAAUACGUCUCCUAACAGAGCUCAAGAAAAACCACCUGCCUAAUCCAUCUGGCGAUGCAAGUCCAAGUGAUGCGAAUGAUACCGAAGAAGUCAUCAAAUUUCUCUUACUUUGUCUUGUCGCGAAAGCAGGUGAUCUCAUCGUCUCUGACAGACGUUUUAUAGCCGACUUUGGAGGUGUGAGACCACUCACAACGUGGAAAAGCGGAAUUGCUCGCAGUGGAUUCCCCGCGCAGUUAGUUCUACAACUCUCUUGCAGUCGAGUUGCCACGGUUCCAGUCGAUCACGUCUAUGCUCUCAUGGGUAUUCUUGGUGUUCGAUUCCCAUCGUUCCAUGCGGAAGGUUACGCGAAAGCUCUUGCUCGCCUUUUGGACGAAGUUAUAGUCACCCAUAACGAUGUGUCCGUAUUCAAUUGGGCCGGAGCAGAGAUGGGAAGCCCUGUUCGUGGUCGAUCCAUGUAUCCCGCGUCUCACAAGGCAUACGGGACCGACGAAGAUCGUGGUCGGCGAUACAAUAUGAUGAUUUCAGCAAAAGUGAGACAAGACCGAAAACAAACGAUGGUCACUUAUCAUGGUAUCAUCCAAAUGCUCCGCGAUGCGAUAGACUGCGUGAAGGACAAGAGACGUGAGAGUAUACCUUUGCACUGGGUGCGAGAAAUAACAUCGUUCAUAAGCAACUCUAGCUUUGAGAACCUUCAGCCACAGCUGGUUAACAUUGGCAAAAUUCUUCUCUACGUCAAACUACACUGCGAACAGCUGAAGAAAUCAGCCUCUGACCAGAGUCUUCAGAAUGAUGGCUUGAAGGAUGCAACAAGUAAUGAUGAGAAGUCUUCAUGGUCGCUCAAUUUAACCCCGUCUCUUCCGAGCCUGAAAUCUUCCUCUGAGAAAGUGACCUCGAGCCUUCCAGGAUUUGGACUAAGCAAGAACAUCAAAUCAGGAUUCGGCAAGUUUUCCUCCAAGACAUCGGGGAAAGCUGUGCCGCAGGAAGCAACACCCGCUCCUCCCGCAGCGCCCCCCGCGCCGCCUGUGCCAGCAGAGCCUGAGUGGAAACAACUCGACUCAGGCGUGACCGAGUAUAUGAGGAUUAUGUACGAUGCCGAGAAAUCACAAGGCGAAAAAGAAAAUCCUCUACCAAAGAAGAUAAAAGACAUCGCUUUCAACGUCAUCGAGCCCGAGGGACUGGAGAGGCAAAUGAGUGACGACGGCGAGAAGAUUACGGCCGAAAACCUGGCGUGUCCAAACCCGAUCAUAGUCAAUAGCUCGGGAAUUGAGGGCAUCUUUGACAUACAACGAAUUGUUGUGACAAUGAUUGACCGGGAGAAACUGGUGCGGCAAGUGGCAAAGGCAACCAGUCCGAAGCAAAAGAUUUCUGGCUGGUGCACUAUCAGCACCGGGUUUGCGAAUGUGGCCGUGCAUUUUGCGUGUGAGCAGCGCAUCUUGAAGACACAAUUGGACGUAGAAAAGGCGACUGAAGACAAGAUCAUCAAAGAAACCACCAGAGCGAAGAAACUUCAGGGAAGCAUCGAGCUUCAAAGCGUGGACCAAGUGGUAGAAGGGGGAAUGAACUUGGUCGCAAAUACCGCGGUUGGCAAAGGCAACCAAGACAAACAAGCAGAAGAAAAGGAUACGACGGACUACAUACGCGCCACAAAGGAAGAAAAGACAGUCGUCAGAAUGCUCGAUUACAUUCAAGAGCCACAGCUUCAGCUUGUUGCUGGAGAAUGGGUAUUGGCGCGGUUCUCUGGAGUUCCGGGGGCAAAGUGGUUUCUCUGUUUCCUCGAAUUGGGCUCAACACAUCAAUUCUAUGGCCAGCGCGUCGCCGCUACUGAAAUCGACUUUACCAACUCUGCAGUAGAGCCUGGACUCAUGAGUGCGUGGCAGAUAUACAUGGACCGCAAGAAGAGAAAGAUGUGCAAGAUCCUGGAAACGUACAUCAAGAGCUCUGAGAACGCGAAGCAAGGUGAAGAGAAGUUGUCAAAAGCUACAAAUCUGGCAAAUGAUAGCUAUGACAAGCUUACCGAUGCGGGACUCCAGAGAUUUGAGACAGCCAAGAGUUUCUCUCCGAUGUCGCCUCUCUCGAAGAGGUUCCCAUUUUCGACAAGCAGUGAAGCUGUCAAUGAUACAAAAGCCAAUGUCGCCGACGCUGAUGAUGAAGACGAUGACAACUUUUUCGACGACCUCCUCGAGCAUGCAAAAGAGGCCGCAAUAUCACUUGGUCAUUACACUGUUUUAGCAGCUUAUGAAAAGUUUUUUGAGAUGCAAGCUAAGCAUAUGGACAAAUAUCUUGCGGUUUCGGUCCUCAAGAAGACUCCAAAGAUUCUUCAGAGCGCUGUAGAGAAUCUUGAUGAAAACAAAGGAUUCCUUCCUGCCAUGUUCCAUUCUGGAAAGAGAGUACAUAUGUUUUAG